UGUUGUUGCAAAGGGCGUGGACAUUGUGUGAGUGUGUGUUUUAUCACAUAGCGACAUGGAUCCUCUCGGUGUUAAGGAUGUUUUCUGCCUGAGCAUCGACACCUGCACGGAAAUGAAGAAUUAGGGCUGAGGAAACACCGUGCGGGCUUUUAUUCACCCUGACUGAACGUGUGACACUCGAACGCACCACUUUGCGUUAGAUACCGACCAGAUGCAAUAAGAUAAAUAAAUAGACCCUCAUCUAUUUUCCGUCUAUGGCCUCAGUUUGGCUGUUGACUUUGCUUUUAUGAGCUUCUUAUGGCUGUCACCAGCGGGACGCAUUUAGGAGAAUAAUAGUGAUAAUAACAGGUCAGAUAUGGCAGUGAGGACAUCAGAGCCGCUCUGUCAGCCCUGCGUUUACCAUGAAGCUUUCAAAGUGGAGCUACAGGUGAAGAGACCUCUGAUGCCUGUCCACCUGAGUCCAGAGCAGGUGGGCCUGGAGAUGUUGUGUCUCUGUGGGCAGCUGGACCUUCUCAUCAGGGCACAGAUGCAGCAGUUCCAGGAGCAGUUAGGACAAGGCUGCAGCCCAGAGGAGUCCGACACUUUCCAGGCUCAAGGAUCAGAGAUUCUCGACCAGAUGCUGCAGUGCCUUGAACAUCUACCAAAGCCUAUGCCACAGCUGGAGGACUACCUGGACAUGGUGGGCCUGUCAGUGAUGUUUCCUCGUGUAGAGGUGUUCCUCAUUCAAGGCAGCCCGGUGGACAUGCUGGAGAGGCCGCCAAUGGACGAAUAUUUCUUCCACAUCGCCAAACUGAACCAGCUCCUGGUGCUGAGUCAACAGCUAGAGGAAGAUAUCAGGCACCUUGGGAGUCAUAAAUACAUCGCUCACCAGCUCUCGGUUAUUUAUCAAGUCUUGAGUUCUUUCAGAGGAAUUAAGGCUUUCUCUGAAAUGAAGAAAGACAUCGAGGCCAACUUCAAACAGAUGAAACAGUCUCUGGUGGUCGAGGAAGGCUCCAGGCAUGAACCUCAGCUGGCAGCUCACUACAUUAACUGGAUAUUGGAACUAACUCAAAGCUUAACGUCAGUGGUGCUGACGCUGCCGGAGGAGCUGACAGAAGACCUUCACCAGGCCGUGACCUUCAUCUCUCAGUUCCUGUCCUGACUCACCUCAACCAACGUCUCUGUGUCUAUGAAUCCUGACGUCUGAUGCACCGGGUCUCUCCAGGAGCUUCUAAAUGAACUGACGUUGUUAAGACUGUGAAAAGGUGCUACACAAUUUGAUUCAACUGAUUGAUGGUGGGAUUUCAUUGACAAAUCAUGUAGGUUUUUAUAUUGUCCUCCUGAAUGUGACCCAUAUUAGUCCCUAUGAUGAGUCAGUUGUUGGAAAAUGAAUGUAACCUUGUUGAAUCCUUCCUUG